AUGGCAUUUUUUCCAAAAAUUUUCCGUAAAAUCGGGGGGCCAACUUCACAGAGGUCAUCUUCGGACGAUUUAGGGACCGAUAUAAACAUCCUUAUUGACACCGGUGCAGAACCUAACUUGCUAAAGAUCGGAGCACUAGCAACCUCGACGAAUAUCAAUCCGAACGAAAUAUUAAAUCUGUCAGGAAUAACCGACGGUUACGUAGAAACUUUAGGUGCAGUCGAACUAAAUAUCCGCGAUAUAAUAGUUGAAUUCCACUUAGUCACCAACGACUUUCCGAUCCAACAGGACGCGCUAUUUGGAACAGAUUUUUUCGACACGCACGGAGCGACCAUAAAUUAUAAAAACGAGUGGGUCGAAGUAAAUAACGAAUUUUUUCAUUUCAUUAAUCGAGAGACGGUACUCUUACCCGGGAGAACAAACGUAGGAUUUUAUAUCAAGAUAAGAAACCAGGAGAUGAAAGAAGGUUAUUUACCAAAACUAAACACGAUAGAAGGAUUAUAUUUAGGAGGAGCAAUAGUAAAAAACGUAAACGGGCGAGCAUAUGUUAGAGCAAUAAACGCGAGGGAAGACGAUUUAGAAUUGGUAAUACCGACCGUAACUUUACUACCGAUCAAGGACGCGAAACCACUGCGAAGUACUUCAAUUACAGAAUACGACAAGCACAGGGAUAGCGUGAGCGAUGCGAUUCAUCCUCUGGUAAAAAACGGAACGUCAAUGAUAAAUUCUUAUAUCGAAAAUAAUUGCGUAAGAAUAGGGAAGGAAACCGUGGAGACGCUUCACGAACCUUCGACUUCGACUUCGGUCUUAGGACCGGGCGAAGACCAAAAAAAUCACCGCCAAUUACACAUGUUUAGCUCCGAUACGAUAUCAAAAGAUCCAAUAAAGUCAGACCCUCCUAUAAAUCCAACAUCGAAUCCAAAUAAUGACGAAUCAUUUUCCAGUAAGCCUAAAAGGCCGAUCCAAAUUCAAUUGAAUCCCAAUAUUCCUCGUCAAAAAGACGCUGAGAAUCCAAUCGAUGAUAAAUCAUUUUCCAGUAAGCCUAAAAGGCCGAUCCAAAUUCAAUUGAAUCCCAAUAUUCCUCGUCAAAAAGACGCUGAGAAUCCAAUCGAUGAUGAGUCAUCCUCCAAUAAGCCUAACGGGCCGAUCCCAUUUCAAUUGAAUUCAAAUAUUCCUCGUCAACAAGACGAUGAGAGUCCAAAUAACGAUGAAAACAAUUUAAAAAAUAAUGUGUCACGACUAACUAUUGAAAUUUCAGGAGAACCUUCGAAUAACCUUAACAAUGAAAGAAUUGAUACUGGAAUUAAAAAACUCAUGCGAAUAAAUUAUUCGGAUAAUACGGAAAACAAUAUAAGAAAUAUACGCGAAGAACGUUAUGACAAAAUAAUAAAUUUACUGCGAUUAGAACACUUGAAUCAGGAAGAAAGGGAAAGCGUUAACGAAUUAAUUAGGAAAAAUCAAGACAUGUUCCAUAUUCCAGGUGAGCCUUUAGGAGCCACAAAUACAAUUAAACACGGUAUAACCACCACAGACGACAUUCCGAUAAAUACGAGACAGUAUAGAUUUCCUCCGGUACAUAAAGAAGAAAUAGCUGAACAAGUAAAAGACUUGUUAGAUAACGACAUCAUAAAACCUUCUCUUUCACCGUAUAAUUCGCCAUUAUGGAUUGUACCCAAAAAGCCAGAUUCCAAAGGCAAUAAACGAUGGCGCACGGUCAUCGACUAUCGCGCGUUAAACGAAAAGACAGUAGGAGACGCAUACCCUCUUCCCAAUAUCACAGAAAUACUAGAUCAAUUAGGAAGCGCUAAAUAUUUUUCAGUAUUCGAUUUAGCCUCAGGGUUUCAUCAAAUAAAAAUGAAAGAAACAGAUGCCGAGAAAACUGCAUUUUCUACACCUUAUGGACAUUACGAAUUCACUAGAAUGCCGUUCGGACUAAAGAACGCGCCUGCAACUUUUCAAAGAUUAAUGGAUCAGGUUUUAUCAGGAUUACAAGGAAACGAACUUUUUGUGUACUUAGAUGAUAUAGUAAUCUACGGCAGUUCAAUACGGAAUCACGAAAUUAAAUUCAAUAUUUUAAUGGAAAGACUCAGGGAAGCAAAUUUAAAACUGCAGCCUGACAAGUGCGAAUUUUUAAAAAGGGAAGUUAUGUAUUUAGGUCACAUAAUUAGUGAUGACGGAUUAAAACCGGAUCCCAAAAAGAUAGAAGCAGUAAAAGAAUUUCCAAGACCUAAAAACGCUAAAAAUAUCAAACAAUUCCUCGGUUUAGCCGGAUAUUACAGAAGAUUUAUUUCCGAUUUUUCAAAAAUAGCGAAACCUCUCUCAAACUUACUAAAAAAAGGAAUACCGUUUCAUGGGAAAGAAUCACAGGAAAAAGCAUUUAUAGAAUUACGCGAUAAAUUAUGCAGUAAGCCAAUAUUACAAUACCCAGAUUUUACAAAACCCUUCGUGAUAACUACAGAUGCAUCUGGCUACGCGAUAGGCGGAAUUCUAAGCCAAGCGCAGAACAAAAUUAUUCAACUAUAG